GUAUGGCAACAGCGAAAUACUCAAAAUGAAUAAACACUUCUCAAUAUUUACAUUAUUUUCAUGUAUUUUCUUCAUUAUAACGGUGAACGCUAGGCGGGAGUGCAUCGCCCGGAAAGUGCCAAAUGCGGACACAGUGUGCGUCUGUAACGCCACAUAUUGUGAUGACUUGCCGGCCCUCCAGAGACCACAACCGGGUUUUGCCACUGUUUUCGAGAGCAAUAAACAGGGGCUGAGGUUCAGGCAAACGGCCCUCAAGUUUGACUCAAUGGCCAGUCAGUCAACGGCCGAUCAAAGCGUCACAAUAACCAUAAACAGGACUCAGAGAUAUCAGUCUGUAUUGGGUUUCGGCGCCGCCUUUACGGACAGCACCGGACAAAUGCUUAAGUCUGUCAAUCAAUCGUUGGCUGAUCUCCUAAUUGAGAGCUAUUUCUCGGCCAACGGUAUUGAGUACUCGAUGGGACGCAUACCGAUCGGCGGCACCGACUUCUCCGAUCGGCCCUACAGUUACGACGACACCGACGACGACCUGGAGCUCAAACACUGGGCUCUUCAGAGAGAGGACACGGAGUGGAAGAUACCGUUCAUAAAACAGGCGCUGAAAGUGAGUCCACACAAACUGCGACUCUUCGGCAGCCCCUGGAGUCCUCCCGCGUGGAUGAAGACUAACCAUCGGUUCAACGAAAGCGGUUAUCUGAGAGGCGAUGUCGGCGGUCAGUACUACCAGUCGUGGGCCAACUAUUUUGUCAAAUUUCUGGACGCAUACAAAUCACAUGACAUACCCGUAUGGGGACUGACGGUAGAGAACGAGCCCGUGGAGGGACAACAACCCCACUAUGGGUUCAAUUGUCUCAACUUCACCGGACCGACGGAACGGGAUUUUGUAAAACUAAACUUAGGCCCAACUCUAGCGAAGGCCGGGUAUACCCCGGAUAAGCUAAAACUGAUGGUAUUUGACGACAACGCAAACUUUUUGGCCGAUUUUGUGAAACCAAUUUUGACAGAUAAAGAGGCGGCCAAAUACGUGUCCGGUAUUGCCUAUCACUGGUACGGAAAUAACCCGAUGAGCGGGUUUCCCGACCCGUUCCUCACUGAAGUUCAUAACACUUAUCCCAAUGUAUUCCUAUUGAACACCGAGGCGUGUCAUUUGGAUGGGGCCGCGUUGGGCCGAUGGGACCAUGGUGAAAAAUAUGCCUACGAUAUUAUAAGGGCGCUAAAUAAUUACGUUAGCGGUUGGCUGGAGUGGAAUAUGGCGCUGGACAUGAAUGCUGGACCAAGGUGGACUGGGGGUGGUUUUGGGGGCACACUUAACAUAGACCCGGCUAAGGGCGAGGCCUACAAACAGCCCUCGUUUUACACUAUCGGACACUUUAGUAAAUUUGUUUCGCCCGACUCUAUACGCGUUGGACAUUCGGUCGACAAAUCGGUGGCCAAUCUAUCGGUGGUUACCAUUCAAAGGCCGGACAAACAGUUGGUUUUGGUGGCACUCAAUGCCGGCGACACCGAUAUAGAGCUCGAUAUACGCGAAUCGGGCCAUAGAUUGCGGUAUAAAAUAGCCGCACACUCUGUCCAGUCGUAUAUCUGGUAG